AUGAAUCCUCCGAUUAUCAACUCUACUAACUCGGUCACAACUUCCACGAAAAGUACGUUUCUGAUACGGGGCAGUAUGUUUCAUUUCAUGCAUGCAUCGCUCAUUCAUAACACGCUGUAGCUAGCUUAGCUAACGGUGACGUUACUGUUAGUUAGCAUAAAUAAGGAAAGAGCUACGCUACACAUGCUGGCAAGGCUUCGAUGUCACUUUGCUAUCGAAUAAGCUUAUGUUUUAUAGCCUUGAUAUACCCGUUUUGAUAUUUGAUAACAAGCUAUUUCUCACCCAGACAAGCUAGCAUGCUGAAACUUCUCUUGACUCUCUUGCCUACCACUUAGCUAGCUAACGUUACUUGCCACUGUAGCCAACUAGCUAACUUGCUACUCUCAAUAAAUUGUAAAAAUUCAAAUAAUAGCUAGCUAGCUGAGUUUACUGAACUCCAUGAUGGAAGAUAUCCAUAUUACAGGGAUUUAAACGAGAGCUAAGUGAUAGCUAGCACGAUACUGUUGCCAAACAUUAUAGCUAUCAUUUGAGAGAUUAUAGUUAUUAUUUAUAGGGGGGUCCAGCAGCAUCAACAAGAGUUUGCAUGCAUCACACUUAAUUAAAGCCAGGAAAUAUAAACAUUAUUUGAACCUGCUACCUGGAAUUCGCUAGCUAGUACCAAUGUGUAAACCUACCCCUAUGCGCAAAAUACGUAUUGUGUUCACUGGGUAGCUUCAUGUUAGUAAGCUGGCUAAUGCCUUAACGUUGUACUGUGCUGUCUACACCUCACUUCUGCAGGGAAGAGAGAGGCCGAGCGCUCCGUUAACUGGACGGUGGAGGAGACCCAAGUGUUGCUGUGUGCCUGGAGCGACGAGCAUGUACAGAAGAGCCUGGCGGAGAACGUCCGAAACCGCCAUGUCUUCAAACACCUCUCAACCCGCAUGUGUGACCUGGGCUUCUCACGCAGCCCCCACCAGUGCCGGCUACGUGUCAAGACCCUCAAGGCCAACUACGUCAGAGCCAAGCUGCUGAGGAGCGUGGAUGACUCCCAGCCCUGCAGUUUCAGGUACUACGCUGAGAUGGAUGCUGUGCUGGGGAGAAACUGUGCAGUGGAUGGGAUGGGAGGAAGGUGCCAUAUUGGAUCUCCUGAAGGUAUAGGAGGAGGGCUCCUUUUUGGGUCUGAAGGGAUAAGAGGAGGAGGACGCCAUUUUGGAUCUCCUGAUGGGAUAGUAGGAGGACGCCAUUUUGGGUCUGUCGAUGGAAUAGGGACAGAACGCCAUUCUGGGUCUCCUGAGGGGAUAGGAGGACAGCGGUAUCUGGUCUCUGAGGUGAAGGAGGAGGAGGAGGAGGACAGAGAGGCAGAAGACACAGACGAGUAUGAUUCCAACGGCGUAGGAAUCAACGGUCGGCCGCUGGCGGUCUCGGGUGGAAGACGCCAUGAUGUUUUUCUAGACCACCUCAACGUCUAUCAUGAACCUGUUGGUAUGUAUUUGUCUGUCUGUCACACUUUCUGCUGUCAAUGCCACUGAUUAUCAUUCACAUUAUCAUUAGUAACAAAUCUUAGAUGUGUUUUUCACUGAGCUCCAAUCUCCGAUAGAAACUGAAGUACAAUACAAUACUGACUGUAACACAGUUGAUCUAGUCUUUAUACAAUUUCAAAUCAAAUGUCACAAUGUUGGGAAAAUAAAGCUGGAAUGAAUUAGAAUCAUUGUCUAGUUCAUCUCUUCACCGCAGGUCAUCCAUUGGAGGAGGACCUGAGCUCCAGAUCCCCCUCCCCACCACCACCACCACCACCACCACCCAAGCCUGCCUCCACUCUUCCUCCACCCCCAGACCCUAGUCCCGGCCUGAGCCGUGGUACCACCAUCCCCUCCACCCAGUCCGUGGAGCCUGCGUUGAAGCACCUGGCUGACUGCUUCCAGAGGCUGGUCUCAGAGUCCCGGGAGUUGAUGAUGCAGCUGGAGGGACAGAGGCAGGAGCAGGUCAGAGACAGACAUACAGUCGAUGUCGGAAGUUUACAUACACUUAGGUUGGAGUCAUUAAAACUCGUUUUUUUCAACCACUAACACAAAUUUCUUGUUAACAAACUAAAGUUUUGGCAAGUCGGUUAGGACAUCUACUUUGUGCAUGACAAAAGUAAUUUUUCCAAAAAUUGUUUACAGACAGAUUAUUUCACUUAUAAUUCACUGUAUCACAAUUCCAGUGGGUCAGAAGUUUACAUACACUAAGUUGAAUGUGCCCUUUAAACAGCUUGGAAAAUUCCAGAAAAUGAUGUCAUGGCUUUAGAAGCUUGCGAUAGGCUAAUUGACAUCAUUUGAGUCAAUUGGAGGUGUACCUGUGGAUGUAUUUCAAGGCCUACCUUCAAACUCAGUGCCUCUUUGCUUGACAUCAUGGGAAAAUCUAAAUAAAUCAGCGAAGACCUCAGAAAAAAGAUUGUAGACCUCCACAAGUCUGGUUCAUCCUUGGGAGCAAUUUCCAAACGUCUGAAGGUACCACGUUCAUCUGUACAAACAAUAGUAUGCAAGUAUAAACACCAUGGGACCACGCAGCCUUCAUACCGCUCGAGUCCUAUAUCAACAUAACCUGAAAGGCCGCUCAGCAAGGAAGAAGCCACUGCUCCAAAACCGCCUGACUACGGUUUGCAACUGCACAUGGGGACAAAGAUCGUACUUUUUGGAGAAAUGUCCUCUGGUCUGAUGAAACAAAAAUAUAACUGUUUGGCCAUAAUGACCAUCGUUAUGUUUGUAGGAAAAAGGGGUGCCUUGCAAGCCGAAGAACACCAUCCCAACCGUGAAGCACGGGGGUGGCAGCAUCAUGCUGUGGGGGUGCUUUGCUGCAGGAGGGACUGGUGCACUUCACAAAAUAGAUGGCAUCAUGAGGAAGGAAAAUUAUGUGGAUAUAUUGAAGCAACAUCAAGACAUCAGUCAGGAAGUUAAAGCUUGGUCGCAAAUGGGUCUUCCAAAUGGACAAUGACCCCAAGCAUACUUCCAAAGUUGUGGCAAAAUGGCUUAAGGACAACAAAGUCAAGGUAUUGGAGUGGCCAUCACAAAGCCCUGACCUCAAUCCUAUAGAAAAUGUGUGGGCAGAACUGAAAAAGCGUGUGCGAGCAAGGAGGCCUAUAAACCUGACUCAGUUACACCAGCUCUGUCAGGAGGAAUGGGCCAAAAUUCACCCAACUUAUUGUGGGAAGCUUGUGGAAGGCUACCCGAACCGUUCGACCCAAGUUAAACAAUUUAAAGGCAAUGCUACCAAAUACUUAUUGAGUGUAUGUAAACUUCUGACCCACUGGGAAUGUGAUUAAAUAAAUAAAAGCUGAAAUGAAUCACUCUCUACUAUUAUUCUGACAUUUCACAUUCUUAAAAUAAAGUGGUGAUCCUAACUGACCUAAGACAGGGAAUUUUGACUAGGAGUAAAUGUCAGGAAUUGUGAAAAACUGAGUUUAAAUGUAUUUGGCUAAGGUGUAUGUAAAUUUCCAACUUCAACUGUAUAUACCGUAUUCUAUUAUACUGUAUUUAUUCAAUGCCACUCCGACAUUGCUCGUCCUAAUAUUUAUAUAUUUCUUAAUUCCAUUCUUUAACUUUUAGAUUUGUGUGUUGUUGUGAAUAUUUAGAUACUACUGCACUGUUGGAGGUGUAUGUAAAGUUCCGACUUUAUAGGGAAUAGGGUGUCAUUUCGGACGCAUACAGUUCUGCCAACUGUUAAACUGGACGGCAUGUUAGCACCGUUGAGCAUACCAUUUAUCCGUUCAUGAUGAGUAUUUAGAUUCUUAUUAGAAUUUUAGACAUUCCGUCAGUCAUGGUAUUGCUUUAAAAAUCUGAAGAUUGCUCAUGGGAAGUUGACAUGGCUGCCAUAGAAUUAUAGUCAAGUAAAUCCAUCAUAAUGCUUUCGGUAGAAACCUCAAAGUCUAAACGUAUCUAUCUAUGGGGUCGUUCCACCUCAUAAUGCACCAGAAAGAGGAUUUCAACACACACCAUCUCCGAUUGUUCUAAAAUCGUUUCUGUAGGUAGAAACAGAUAGGAUUAGCAUUCCUGAAACAUUAUUUUGUUGAAAUAUAAUUUGAUCUCUGAAACAAUUAAGCUGAUUUAAUUGCACCCAAAUUGGCCAUUUUAAAUUAUAGGAUUCAUAUAAUAUUCAUUAAAUAUAGUACAUGACAUCUGAUUUGGACCAAAACAAUUUCUAACAAUGAGUAAGAUAUGAGGAUUCCAAAGAAAUGGUGAAAAGCCACCCACGGACCACCCACAUCCCAUGCCAAUCCCACCCCAACAGCCAUUGUAUAUAGUAUCAGUUCUCUGUCUGACCAGUAGUAUGGAGCUGCAGCUUGCUGUAUUGUUUCUUCAUCCUAUGUAAUGUAUUCUCAGUGAAUUUUGUUAUUUUUUAUUAUUUUUUUCCUCCCUUGUUCAGAGAAAUUAGUCAUUGAAGUUGUUAGGUUUAUGUCCCAUUCUACAUCCUGAUAUUACCAGGUUCUGACCACUAGAUGGUGCUGUUCCUAAUAUUAGGAACAGCACCAUCUAGGAACAGCAACCCCCCUCAAUGUUAAAGGGAUAGUUCACCCAAAUUACAAAAUGACAUUGGUUUCCUUACCCUGUAAGUCCACGGACAAGAUAUGACAGCAACCCAUGCUUUGAUUUUGUUUUGCCUGGCCACUGUUUAAAAUGCUAACUUUUUAGCAUUUGUGGCACAAGUCCAAUCUACAGUGGGGGAAAAAAGUAUUUGUCAGCCACCAAUUGUGCAAGUUCUCCCACUUAAAAAGAUGAGAGAGGCCUGUAAUUUUCAUCAUAGGUACACGUCAACUAUGACAGACAAAAUGAGAAGAAAAAAAAUCCAGAAAAUCACAUUGUAGGAUUUGUAAUGAAUUUAUUUGCAAAUUAUGGUGGAAAAUAAGUAUUUGGUCAAUAACAAAAGUUUCUCAAUACUUUGUUAUAUACCCUUUGUUGGCAAUUAUACAGGUCAAACGUUUUCUGUAAGUCUUCACAAGGUUUUCACACACUGUUGCUGGUAUUUUGGCCCAUUCCUCCAUGCAGAUCUCUUCUAGAGCAGUGAUGUUUUGGGGCUGUCGCUGGGCAACACAGACUUUCAACUCCCUCCAAAGAUUUUCUAUGGGGUUGAGAUCUGGAGACUGGCUAGGCCACUCCAGGACCUUGAAAUGCUUCUUACGAAGCCACUCCUUCGUUGCCCGGGCGGUGUGUUUGGGAUCAUUGUCAUGCUGAAAGACCCAGCCACGUUUCAUCUUCAAUGCCCUUGCUGAUGGAAGGAGGUUUUCACUCAAAAUCUCACGAUACAUGGCCCCAUUCAUUAUUUCCUUUACACGGAUCAGUCGUCCUGGUCUCUUUGCAGAAAAACAGCCCCAAAGCAUGAUGUUUCCACCCCCAUGCUUCACAGUAGGUAUGGUGUUCUUUGGAUGCAACUCAGCAUUCUUUGUCCUCCAAACACGACGAGUUGAGUUUUUACCAAAAAGUUCUAUUUUGGUUUCAUCUGACCAUAUGACAUUCUCCCAAUCCUCUUCUGGAUCAUCCAAAUGCACUCUAGCAAACUUCAGACGGGCCUGGACAUGUACUGGCUUAAGCAGGUGGACACGUCUGGCACUGCAGGAUUUGAGUCCCUGGCGGCGUAGUGUGUUACUGAUGGUAGGCUUUGUUACUUUGGUCCCAGCUCUCUGCAGGUCAUUCACUAGGUCCCCCCGUGUGGUUCUGGGAAUUUUUGCUCACCGUUCUUGUGAUCAUUUUGACCCCACGGGGUGAGAUCUUGCGUGGAGCUCCAGAUCGAGGGAGAUUAUCAGUGGUCUUGUAUGUCUUCCAUUUCCUAAUAAUUGCUCCCACAGUUGAUUUCUUCAAACCAAGCUGCUUACCUAUUGCAGAUUCAGUCUUCCCAGCCUGGUGCAGGUCUACAAUUUUGUUUCUGGUGUCCUUUGACAGCUCUUUGGUCUUGGCCAUAGUGGAGUUUGGAGUGUGACUGUUUGAGGUUGUGGACAGGUGUCUUUUAUACUGAUAACAAGUUCAAACAGGUGCCAUUAAUACAGGUAACGGGUGGAGGACAGAGGAGCCUCUUAAAGAAGAAGUUACAGGUCUGUGAGAGCCAGAAAUCUUGCUUGUUUGUAGGUGACCAAAUACUUAUUUUCCACCAUAAUUUGCAAAUAAAUUCAUUAAAAAUCCUACAAUGUGAUUUUCUGAAAAAUAAAAUUCUCAUUUUGUCUGUCAUAGUUGACGUGUACCUAUGAUGAAAAUUACAGGCAUCUCUCAUCUUUUUAAGUGGGAGAACUUGCACAAUUGGUGGCUGACUAAAUACUUUUUUUCCCCCACUGUAAGUCAAUGGUCCCUAUAUUAGCAUUUUCACGCUUCAUUUUCAAAGCAUCCUAAAGUAUCAAAAAUUAUAUUGUGUGACUCCAUUACAAAACAGUGGCAUGGGUUGCUGUCGUACCUUGUACGUAGUAAGGAAACCAAUAUGUCAUUUUAGGGACAUAAACCUUACAACUUCAAUGACUAAUUUCUCUGGAGAAAAAAAACCCAUCACCAAAUUCAAUGAGAAUACAUUACAUAGGAUGAAGAAACAAUACAGCAAGCUGCAGCGCCAUACUACUGGUCAGACUUUGCCUUCGGAAAGUAUUCAGACCCCUUGACUUUUUCCACAUUUUGUUACGUUACAGCCUUAUUCUAAAAUGGAUUAAAUCGUUUUGUUCCCUCAUCAAUCUACACAUAAUACCCCAUAAUGACAAAGCAAAAAACGUUUUUUAUAUAUUUUUUUGUGCAAAUGUAUUAAAAAUAAAACAUCUGAAAUAUCACAUUUACAUAUUCAGACCCUUUACUUUGUUGAAGCACCUUUGGCAGUGAUUACAGCCUCGAGUCUUCUUGGGUAUGACACUACAAGCUUGACACACCUGUAUUUGAGGAGUUUCUCCCAUUCUUCUCUGCAGAUCCUCUCAAGCUCUGUCAGGUUGGAUGGGGAGCAUCGCUGCAUAGCUAUUUUCAGGUCUCUCCAGAGAUGUUUGAUCGGGUUCAAGCCCGGGCUCUGGCUGGGCCACUCAAGGACAUUCAGAGACUUGUCCCGAAGCCACUCCUGCGUUGUCUUGGCUGUGUGCUUAGGGUCGUUGUCCUGUUGGAAGGUGAACCUUCGCCCCAGUCUGAGGUCCUGAGCACUCUGGAGCCGGUUUUCAUCUAGGAUUUCUCUGUACUUCGCUCCAUUCCUCUUUCUCUCAAUCCUGACUAGUCUCCCAGUCCCUACCGCUGAAAAACAUCCCCACAACAUGAUGCUGCCACCACCAUGCUUCACCAUAGGGAUGGUGCCAUGUUUCCUCCAGAUGUGAUGCUUGGCAUUCAGGCCAAAGAGUUCAAUCUUGGUUUCAUCAGACCAAAGAAUCUUGUUUCUCAUGGUCUGAGAGUCCUUUAGGUGCCUUUUGGCAAACUCCAAGCGGGCCUUUUACUGAGGAGUGGCUUUCGUCUGGCCACUCUACCAUAAAGUCCUGAUUGGUGGAGUGCUGCAGAGAUGGUUGUCCUUCUGGAAGGUUCUCCCAUCUCCACAGAGGAACUCUGGAGCUCUGUCAGAGUGACCAUCAGGUUCUUGGUCACCUCCCUGACCAAGGCCCUUCUCCCUCGAUUGCUCAGUUGGUCCAGGCGGCCAGCUCUAGGAAGUGUAUGGUGGUUCCAAACUUCUUCCAUUUAAGAAUGAUGGCGGCCCCGGUGUUCUUGGGGACCUUCAAUGCUGCAGAAAUGUUUUGGUACCCUUUCCCAGAUCUGUGCCUCGACACAAUCCUGUCUCUGAGCUCUAUGGACAAUUCCUUCAAACUCAUGGCUUGGUUUUUGCUCUGACAUGCACUGUCAACUGUGGGACCUAAUGUAGACAGGUGUGUGCCUUUUCAUAAUCAUGUCCAAUCAAUUUAAUUUACCACAGGUGGACUCCAAUCAAGUUGUAGAAACAUCUCAAGGGUGAUCAAUGGAAACAGGAUGCACCUGAGCUCAAUUUCAAGUCUCAUAGAAAAGGGUCUGAAUACUUACGUAAAUAAGAUAUUUCAGUUUUUUUAUUUUUAAUACAUUUGCAAAAAUUUCAAAACCUGUUUUCACUUUGUCAUUAUGGGGUAUUGUAUAUAGAUUGAGGGAAAAAAUAUUUAUUGAAUAUUAUAUUAUAUGAAUCCUAGAAUUUAAAUGGCCUGUUUGGGUACAAUCAAUUAACUUAAUUUCUCAGAGAUCAAAUUAGAUUUUAAUAAAAUAAUGUUGCAGGAAUGCUAAUCUUACCUGUUUCUAACUACAAAAAACGAUUUCAGAACAAUCUGAGAUGGUGUGUGUCAUGGCUUACUGAAAUGACCUGGAACGACCCUGUUUGUGUGUGUGUCUAUCUCAGGUUCGCUGGCAGCAGGAGCUCCUGUCUCAGUGGCUGGAGAGAGAGGAGAGGAGGCAAAGGGAGGCGGCAGACAGGGAGGACCGGAGAGAGAGGGCUCGGAUGGAGCAUGAGGUCAGGGUACUGCAGCUCCUCACUGGACUGGCCCAGAACCAGCAGAGGAAUCAGACCUAUCACAGCUGCUGCCACCAAUGUAGUAGGACGGGUUGGUUCCGGGGCCUCGGCCACUACCAGACAAGAUAA